AUUCAAACAUGAUUGGAACAGUUUCAGAAGAGUUGGAAGUGAAUGUUUCAGCAAGCAAAGCAUGGGAGGUUUAUAGCUCCCUUAAGCUAGCGAAGAUCACCGAAGAAAAACUCAAAAGUCUCAUAGAUAGACUCGAGAUCGAAGGAGAUGGCGGAGUCGGAACCUUAAUCAAGAUCGUAUUUCCGUCAGGAGGAGCGGUUGGAUUCAAUUCGUAUACGGAGAAAUUUACUAAGAUCGAUCAUGAGAAGAGAGUGAAGGAGACGGAAGUAGUGGAAGGAGGUUACCUGGAUUUAGGUUUCAAUCUGUUCCGCGUGCGAUUUGAGGUGAUCGACAAGGAAGAUGCUUCGCCGUCGCCGCCGUCGUCGUGCAUCACGAGAUGUACCAUUGAGUAUGAGAUUAAAGAAGAGUUUGCCGCCAACGCCUCUUUCGUUAGUAUCCAGACGCUCGUCGUCGUCAUGAAUGCCGCCGCUGAUUUCCUCAUCGCCAAAUAACUAGAUCGAUCAACUCAUUUCAUCUU